AUGGCCUUCAUGUCCACAUGCUUUACUGUAACUACCAAGUCUCAUUCCAUCGUCUUCUCAUCAAAACCCUCAAUCUUACUAAAGCCUUCUCAAUUCCACACUUUGCCGUCACAAACCCCAUUAAAUCUCAGUAGGACAUCAAAUUUUCGUUGCAGUAAAGGAUUUGGCCAUGUAAUUAGGGCGAGUGUCGAUGUUUCGACUUCCGCGGUAAAGCCAGGAGGUACGGUCGAGAGCGAUAAACUGCCGUCAGAUGUUCGGAAGAGAGCGAUGGAUGCUGUUGAUGCGUGUGGAGGUAGGGUCACCAUUGGCGAUGUGGCAGGCAAAGCUGGGCUCAAGUUGAACGAAGCGCAAAAGGCUUUGCAGGCUCUUGCUGCUGAUACUAAUGGCUUCUUGGAGGCGCUUCAUAAAGAUGGAUUGCUUCAUUGUGCUUUUAGCUCUUCUCUAGUGAUGAAAUGUGUCGUCAGAAUGGUAUCAGACGAAGGUGAUGUUCUAUAUGUUUUUCCGAAGAAUUAUCGCUCAAACCUUACUGCCAAGUCUUUUAAGAUUAAAAUUGAGCCUUUGUUGGAAAAAGGGAAGUUGGCAGCUGAGUAUGUGGUGAGGGUUUCCUUCGGAACAGCAUUAAUUGCUUCUAUUGUCAUUGUUUAUACCACAAUCAUUGCUAUCCUCUCAAGUAGAAGUGAUGAAGACAAUCGUGGAAGACGCGGAGGCAGAUCUUAUGAUACGGGUUUCAAUUUUUACUUCAGUCCAACUGAUUUGUUUUGGUACUGGGAUCCAUAUUAUUAUAGGAGGCGACGAGUACGAAAAGAUGAUGGUGGGAUGAACUUCAUUGAAUCUGUUUUCUCAUUUGUAUUUGGGGAUGGUGAUCCAAAUCAAGGUAUUGAAGAAGAGAGGUGGAAGUUGAUUGGACAAUACAUAACAUCAAAUGGCGGUGUUGUUACAGCUGAAGAACUUGCUCCAUAUCUUGAUGUAGAAAUGGCAGAGAAAAUGAAUGAUGACUCAUUCAUACUACCUGUGCUUUUGCGGUUUGACGGUCAGCCAGAAGUGGAUGAGGAGGGAAAUAUUCUGUACCGGUUUCCAUCACUACAACGUACAGCUGGUCCACAGAGGAGUGGAAGGAAGGAAUAUGUUGGUAGAAGAUGGGCUGAUUGGGUUGGAGGGAUUGAGAAGUUUUUUAGGGAGAAGAAAUGGCAGUUCAGUAAAACUAGCAGUUCAGAGAGGGCAAUGGUCAUUGGUUUGGGUGGGCUUAAUCUCUUUGGAGUUAUUAUUCUUGGUACCAUGUUGAAGAAUAUGACAGUUACACCAAGCGGAUUUAUCACAUUUGUGUCUGAAAUAUUUCCUCUACUUCAGAUCUAUGCUGGUUCUUUUUUUGCAAUUCCUUUGGUCCGGUGGUUCUUUGUCCGCAAGACCAAUGCUGGAAUAGAAAAGAGGAACCAAGCAAGAGAACUACGUGCCCAGGCACUUGAAUUGCCAGAUCUCUCUCUAAGGCGGAAGCUUCUGAGCGCUCGAGACAUGGCCCAGAAGACAUUCAUUGGUCAGGAUCGGAUUGUGUAUAGUACUGACCGGGACUUGUACGAGCAAGAUUACGAUGCCAAAGAAUGGGAUCAGAGAUUCAGGGAGAUCGAGAAGUCUGAUUGA